AUGACUGUAAUUGGUCUUCUCGGUGGCGGCCAGCUAGGCCGCAUGCUGUGCGAGGCAGCGUCUCCUCUCGAUAUCGAGAUAGCCAUCCUGGACGAGAAGAACGCCCCCGCCAAGCAGAUCAACAGCAACAGCAAGCAUGUCACCGGCUCGUUCAAGGAUGCGUCCAAAAUCCGGGAGCUGGCGGCCAAGACUGACGUCUUGACGGUUGAGAUUGAGCACAUCGAGACCGAGGUCCUCGAGGAGAUCGAUGCACAGGGCACAGUUGCCGUGCACCCGUCUUGGAAGACGCUCAGGCUGAUCCAGGACAAGUUCGACCAGAAGGAGCACCUGCGCAAGGAGGGCCUACCCAUAGCUGAGCAGAUGGCAAUCGAGGGCGGUGCUACCAUGCCUGCGUCGCUGCAGCAAGCGUCUCAGAAGUUCGGGUUUCCCUUCAUGUUGAAGGCUAGGAAAGGCUCCUACGACGGGAGGGGAAACUUCAAGGUAUCGGAUGAGAAGGACAUAGACAAGGCAUUCGAGGAAUUCGGCACGCUCUCUUGCUACGCGGAGAAGUGGGUGCCGUUCGAGCUGGAGCUGGCCGUCAUGGUUGUCCGGACAGAGGAUAACCAGGGCAAGACGAAACGCGUCAUUCCCUAUCCAGCAGUCGAGACGAUACACGAGGACAACAUCUGUUCUAAGGUCUUCAUGCCACCUCGGACUGUCCCUGCUCCAAUCUGUGAGCGGGCACAGAAAGUUGCCUGCGAUGUGGUCGAGAAGCUUUGGGGCAGGGGCGUCUUCGCCGUGGAGAUGUUCUUGACCAGGGAGGGCAAGAUCCUGGUUAAUGAAAUCGCUCCCCGGCCACACAACUCCGGUCACUACACCAUCGAGGCCGUGCCGCACAUGUCACAGUACAAGGCACAGCUCUACUCAAUUCUGGACAAGUCCUUCCCAGAGGUCUUGGAGCCGCAAGUAUCAUCAAGUAUCAUGGUGAAUGUCCUGGGUGGCGCCAACCCCGAUUCUCACCACAGACUCAUCGAGCAAGCCGAAAACUUGCACGGCAAAGGAAAAGCCGUGUACCCACACAUGUACGGCAAGGAGUCCAAGCCGAGUCGAAAGAUUGGUCACAUCACCGUCACCGGAUCCUGCCCCAUCGAGGAGCUGGAGAAGUUCGCUCAGCCUCUGAUCCAGACCGCAGACGAGAUCCGCCAGGAGCGCCUCCAGGCGUCUAGCAAAGCCCUCCGACCAACAGAGGCAGCGAAACCGGCAGCCAAGGACCCCUUGGUCCUGGUCACCAUGGGCUCCGACUCCGACCUGCCUGUGCUCAAGGCCGGGAUCGACAUCCUGAACCAGUUUGGCGUUCCCUGGACCGUGGACAUCACGUCCGCGCACCGGACGCCGAGCACGAUGGCUGAGGUGGCCACCGAGGCUGCUUCGAAGGGAAUCAAGGUCAUCAUCGCCGCCGCGGGCGGAGCUGCCCACCUGCCGGGCAUGAUCGCGGCGUACACCCCCUUGCCUGUCAUUGGUGUGCCUGUCAAGGCGACACAUCUUGAUGGGCUGGACAGUUUGCUGAGCAUUGUGCAGAUGCCUAGAGGCGUGCCCACCGCAACGGUGGCGAUCAACAACUCCACAAACGCGGCGCUCCUGGCCAUCCGCUUCUUGGGAGCGUUCAUACCCGACUUGCACGACAAGAUGAAGAGCUAUCAGCUUGAGAUAGAGCAACAGGUCCACGACAAAGCAAACUUGCUCAAGCAAAUCGACGUGCAAGCCUACCUGGAGAAGAUGGGAAAGAAGUAA